AUGCUUCAACGGGUUAUUGGAAAUUCUAUUAGAAAUUUUAAUGUAUUGACAUUACGUAUGCUUUCAGCAAAAAGUGAAGGAAUAAAUGUGGUAUUUAAAACUAAAGAUAAUGAAUACACAGGAAAAGGGAAAUUGGGAGAAUCUUUAUUGGAUGUUGUCAUUAAUAAUGAUAUUCCAUUAGAUGGCUUUGGUGCCUGUGAAGGUACCAUAGCAUGUUGUUCUUGUCAUGUAAUUUUGGAACAAGAACAUUAUAAUAGACUACAAAAACCAAAUGAUGAUGAAUUGGAUAUGUUGGAUUUAGCUCCAAGUCUCGAAGAUACAUCUCGACUUGGUUGUCAAGUAAUUUUAGAUAAAAAUGAUAAACCAGAAAUUCGUGUUAUGGUACCAGACAUGACUAUAGAUGUUAGAACACUUUAA